AUCCCUUAAUUCCAAAGCAUUUCUUCUGUCUCUCCUUAUUCAUAUUUUGUUGACAUCACAUUUAACACACACAAAGAAGAGUCUCUAUUUCUCUCUAUCAGAAGCGCGAUCUCGAUCUAGAGCUUCUUCUUGUUUAAUUUGCAAAAAUGCCGCUCAGACUUGAAAUUAAGAGGAAACUUGCUCAAAGAUCAGAGAGAGUAAAAUCUGUAGAUCUCCAUCCUACUGAACCAUGGAUCCUAGCAAGUUUGUAUUCUGGAACUGUGUGUAUCUGGAACUACCAGUCACAGACCAUGGCUAAGUCAUUUGAGGUCACUGAGUUGCCAGUCAGGUCGGCCAAAUUUAUUGCACGCAAACAAUGGGUUGUUGCUGGAGCUGAUGACAUGUUUGUUCGUGUAUACAAUUACAACACCAUGGAUAAGGUCAAAGUAUUUGAGGCACAUACUGAUUACAUUAGAUGUGUGGCUGUCCAUCCUACUCUUCCAUAUGUGUUGUCAUCAUCUGAUGAUAUGCUCAUAAAACUUUGGGACUGGGAGAAGGGUUGGGUGUGUACUCAGAUAUUCGAGGGACAUUCCCAUUAUGUCAUGCAAGUAACUUUUAAUCCCAAAGAUACGAACACUUUUGCCAGUGCAUCUCUUGACCGUACCGUAAAGAUUUGGAACCUUGGAUCCCCAGACCCAAAUUUUACUUUGGAUGCCCAUCAGAAAGGUGUAAAUUGUGUUGAUUACUUUACAGGUGGGGAUAAGCCCUACCUGAUCACUGGGUCUGAUGAUCACACUGCUAAGGUAUGGGACUACCAAACCAAGAGUUGUGUUCAGACAUUGGAAGGCCAUACACACAAUGUUUCUGCAGUUUGUUUCCAUCCUGAGCUUCCAAUUAUUAUUACUGGUUCUGAGGAUGGGACGGUUCGCAUAUGGCAUGCUACCACAUAUAGGCUUGAAAAUACAUUGAAUUAUGGUCUUGAGAGAGUUUGGGCAGUUGGAUAUAUAAAAGGUUCCCGAAGGAUUGUGAUUGGGUAUGAUGAAGGAACUAUUAUGGUGAAAAUUGGUCGUGAAGUUCCUGUAGCAAGUAUGGACAACAGUGGGAAAAUCAUAUGGGCUAAGCACAAUGAAAUUCAAACUGUGAAUAUUAAGAGUGUAGGAGCAGAUUUUGAGUUUACCGAUGGAGAAAGAUUGCCCUUGGCUGUCAAGGAAUUAGGGACAUGUGAUCUAUAUCCUCAAAGCUUAAAGCAUAACCCAAAUGGUAGGUUUGUUGUUGUCUGUGGAGAUGGUGAGUACAUUAUAUAUACAGCGUUAGCAUGGAGAAAUAGGUCCUUUGGUUCAGCAUUGGAAUUCGUUUGGUCAUCUGAUGGAGAGUAUGCUGUCAGAGAAAGCUCAUCAAAGAUCAAGAUUUUCAGCAAAAAUUUCCAGGUUUGCACUAUUUCGCCAUUUGGAUGCUACCUUGCUCGUCUCAAAACCAUCCUUUAA